CAAGCGCGGUGCACACACAUUUCGUUUUACUUCAUGAAAAGAACGUUUUCGGACUUCUUUAUUUUAUUUAAGUGGAGUUGGGUAAACAUUCAACUAGCUAUCGAGAACAUCCAGAAUGGUGAAAUUUGUGCAUUUAAGUCCCGUGGUGGUUGUCGUCCUCAGCAUACAGUACGCAGACACCAGGAAUGUUGCUCUUGGAAAACCAGCAUACCAGACGGACACGUACUUUGAUAACGUUGAAUAUUUAUCAGCCGAGAGAGCGGUCGAUGGGAACACAAGUGCCGAUAAUUCAUGUUCACAUACCAGCUCAUUUGAUGCAGUUUGGAGUGUCGACCUGGGUGAUAUAUAUCAAGUGUCCAGCGUUACAAUCUACAACCGAAAUGACCAGAGAGCUAGGCUUCAAAAUGUCGAGGUAUACCUUGGAGUAGAAAAAGACGGGCCCUAUUCUCUGGUUGGAUUCCACGAGGGAGCUGUAGGCGCAAGCUACACAUUCACCUUACCUUCCUACAGCCAGGCUCGCUACGUCAACAUCACACGCAAUCCUCCAUAUCAGCAGCUUACUCUGUGUGAGGUGGAAGUCGAAGGGAGAAAGAAAGGCUCCACCUUCGCUGCAUACCCAAUGUCCAAAUACCAAGAUAACACGCCAGUGGUCACCCAUAACAACGUCCGCAGCCCCAUAGGGUGUGCGUACGCAUGCUACAGCAGUCCGGAAUGCCGUAGUACUAACUAUAAUGCGGCGGACUUGACCUGCGAGCUGCUGGGGACGCCAUUGGAAGAGGCUGAAGAUGCAUCAUCAGAAUACACUGCAUUGAAGCGUAUUGGAUAAUACGACGUUGGCGAAACGUAAUGAUAAGUGAUUUUACGAACUUAUAAUCACGCAUAGGAUAAACAUUCGUACUUAUUUGCGUUGUUUGAGUGAGUGCUUUUAUAAUGCAUACUUUAUAUUAAACAUAAAUUUUGAGUGAUAAACCUUCAACUACUUACUAAAUAAUGCAUUUAUGGAAAAUAUUAAUUACUGAUAACAAGAUUGUAAACGUGUAUUUAAUAGCUGAACACGCAAAAAUAUUAAAUGAUUGGUGAAUGCUAUAAGAUUUACUGUGAUCUACUAUCAUCUCAUAAGGUAGAAAUACCGUGUUUUCUGCAGAUUUCUUUCAAAUCAAACGCAUUAUCCUUCAUAAGAACCGUUGUUUUCGACAUUUAUUAAUCCUUUUUGGUAAAUUGUAUUAAAUAUCUCAUUUGGGAGUAAAAGUGCAUCUUUAAGAUCCCUGUUAUGGCUUGUUCAUUCUAUACGUAUUUAAUUAUCAUUGACAAAUGCAGUUCAUUUAUCGGUUAUUAUUCCAAAUCGCUAUAUGUAUCACGUUAAAAAGCCUUAUGUCAUAUAAAAUAUUUAAAUUCAUUUCGAGGAUGAAUAUAACUAAUUACGUAAUUAUUUUGUUAUUAUAUUCUUGUAGAUUUCCUAAACGAGUUCUUGUUUGAUAGCAACACUGUUAAACACCCUGUGUCUAUACCAUGUCAAUUUUCAUACAAGUUGUUAAAAAUUUCAUUUAAAUAUGACUGUGAAUAAAAAACAAACUAAAUAACAAUUAAUACAGCUGUCAACUAUAGGGCAAUGAAACGAAAAUCUGUGUAAUCCGUGAUGAAAAAGCACUGCACAUUAACCCGUUAAUUAAGGCAACUGCCCUAGUACAAUAAACUUUAUUUUGAUUAAGGCGCCAUCUUUAAGGUAGUAUCUACAAUGGCACUCAAGAAACUUAAAAGUAAAGAAGCAUUGUCAAGUAUGUGUCGUUUGCGUUAAAACAACCUUAAUGGUAGCAUUUAUGUCUUCAUGAAACACUAACCAAUAUAUUGGAUGUGAUUUGAGCAAAUGUAAAUGCGUUUUUUUUUUUGCAAAACUUGGCAAUAUUUGUUGUAAUGCUGUUUGUCAGAAUCAAAAACCCAAUUCAAAGUUGUUCAAUGGAAUAUUUUUAUGAAAUGGAAUUGCAGAAUUGUUCAAAUUGAAUUUACUUUGUUAAGCAGUAGUCAGAUGGUACUGAUUUAGAUCAGAUAUUUUAAGUGCCUGAUCUUAACAAAGCUGAAAUCACCUGUAUUAAUACAUACGUACUAAUAAUACAAAGGUGCCACUACCUAUGUCAAUAAAUACUUAUUAAUAACACAAAGGUUACCUUAAGAACAAUGCCCAAACAAAUAGAAAAAUAGAAAAAUUAUUAUGUAAUUCUACAUCAUAAACAGCAGAUUUUUCAAUGUUAACAUGUUAAAAAAAUAUUCGAUCUACCGGCAAUGUCUGUUAUAUUAUAUAAUAUGUCCUGGCUUGAUAGUCUCCGAGCAAUUUUUGUUAUAUUUAAUGUUCUGGUAUUAUUGCUUCCGAGUAAUAUCUGUUAUAUGAUAUUUCAUGGUAUUAUACUCUCUAAGCAAUACCACAUGCUUACUCUCCGGUAAAUAUGUUCUUAUUCUUGUUUUUAAACCAUUGGAUAUACUUAAAAUCUGUAGAAAACAUAUAACAAUGAGUUGAAAACAUUCAAGUAGCUUUUCCACCCGAUAUUUUCGUGUUGUCUGAAAACGAUUUUCAAGAUAGCAGUCGUUAUUUUCAAUGUUGAUAAAUCUUAAUCGUCGCAAUGAGUUUCAAAACAUUAAAAUAUAUCAACCUAAUUGACGUGCUUGUCAAAAUCAGUUAUUUUCAGUGUCACAUUUUAAGCCCCACAUUUAGGCCAUCAUGACUCCCCCACAUAUAUGUGGACUUAGUGAUAUGUCCGGCACCGAGCGAGUGACUAUAUCCGGCAUUCUGACCGCUACCUCUAAAAGGCUGUAUGGAGUUUUACGUUAACGGAGUUGUCGGCCACUACUGCCACCACGGUUGCUACUUCCAGUCGGCGAAAUAUCGACC